AUGAAGUUUAAACAGCUUGUCAAGACUACCAAGCCCACCGGAGAUGGUGUUUGCCCACCUGAAGUCACCUGUGCACACCAAAUUGACGCACUCAUCAACAAAUGUGCAGGCAUGCGUGAUCUCAAUGAUGCAGAGUUUGACAACGAACGUGACGAUGACAACACUUACUCUAACUCUUCUGGCCCAGACGAGCCACAACAUGUGGCUGUUACGAAGGCUAUUCGCACUGAGGCUCCAGUGCCACGACAGAAUGCAUGUGGUGCCACUGCUGCAGAGUUGCUAACAUGUCUGUCGGGGGCAUUUGAUCCUGCCACACAGCGAGCUCGUGACGAAGAACGAGCAGAUUGGAGUCUCGCUAAUACUCAGCUACUGGCACAGGCCCAGCAGCUACGAGAUGCACAGGCCAGAAUUGACACACUUCACGCACAAGUGUUUGAUUUGCGAAGCAAGCUAUAUGACUCUCAACGUGCCUGUGACAUGGCAGAUCUGCGUGUCGAGAUGCUGCGGUCUCAGACAUCGGGAUCGGGUGGUCGGCACCAUAGGAAGAUGCGUUCUCCACCUCCCAAAAGGAAGUCAAUGAUGCCCGAGUAUUACCCAGAUGGAGGCCAGUCAAUCAGGUGGUUGACAGACGAGGAAUUUGCACCAUAUGAAGACUUGUCUGCUGAUGAAAGACAGCAUAUUGGAGGGCCAGCAUGUAAUGCGAGGGCAGCCAGACGAUGCUUAUCUCACCGUCUGGCUAUGGGGAAAGCCAAGGACACCAUCAUGGGUGAUGAGCCGCGCAGUAAGGAUGGCACUCUGGACUCCAUGGAGAUAUGA